AUGUUGCUUCUGCUUCGGAUUGAUUUCGGUGUCGCUCGGCAGGCUGCCUUGAUUCCUCUCAGAAAGCAGCUUGGCUAUUUGCCCAACUUGUGUUUCCAAAUUAUGCACAGAAGCUUGAAGAUGUCGUUGGCCCGCUUCGAGGUUUUGGAAUCGAUCCUCGGAGACGGAAAUGUAUUUGUCCAAAGCUUGGAAUUUGGAGUCGGAGGUGGAGAUGAACUUGCCAAUCAUAUCUUCGAGACUACAUUUCUUUUCUUGUGGUGGCAGUUGUUGAUGGUGCUGAUUGGAAUUGCUUGA